AUGCAGCCGUCGUGCAUUGGCGCUAUUUUUGCAAGAUUUGCAGUUUUCGGUAUGUAUAAAUGGUCUACGAGGAUUCUAGAGCGCAGUCAAGAGUUUGAUACGGUUCGAGUACGUCGCAAACACUCUCCAGAUACGAUGAACACUCACGGUGCGAAUUAUUACGUUCCGAUUGAAAAUGAGUCGUGUACGAAACAGCAUAAUGAUUUUGAUAAACCCCGUUGUAUGCCACGUAUUUUGGGAAGGAGAUUUGCCUUGACAUCUACAGCUUACAAAUAUUUGGAUGUGGGAAUCAACGUGGGACCUAUGUCCUUUGUGGAUAUACUUAUUGGCGAUAAUCGAGGAAAUCAGAUAGUGUUACCCCAUGCGACGUGGACGGCGCUCAUCGAAAGACGUAUGGAUAUUGAACAACUUUUGGAGUCAACUAUCGGUUCUUCGUUAUCGAUUCACGAUGCUGUUAUAGAACUCGUAAAAAUGCGCGAUGCGAGUGUUGUAAAAUUGACAUCGUGCAACACCAGCUUGUACAUGAAACCGUCAACUAUGCUUUUCAUAUUCGAGCUCGGACAAUGUGUCAAACAUGAAUAUUUCAAGCUGUAUCAAAAUACGCAUGAAGUAAAUAUGAAAUUUAAUCAAUUUGUAACUAUUUUACGGCGGAAAUGUAUCAUCGACAAAUGUAGAGUUUUGAAGCUGUUACCCGGAAGAGAUGGAAUACCGCGACUAGCCCAAUUGAAGCUCAACUCUGGAGAGCUGAUUCGACCUAUCCAGCGCUUAUAUUUGUUGGAGGCUGAUCCUGUAAUAUUAGAGGGAGACGAUCUUGCACCUACAGCCAAACCCGAAGAAACAGCGGAGGUGAUCAGGAGCCACCGGAAGAAAGACGCAGUUGAGGUGAUCACACACAAGGGCGACCGGAAGAAAGAAACAGCUGAGGUGAUCAGGGACGACCGGAAGAAAGAGUCUACU